AUGAAAAAUGACGGAAUUUGGUUAAAAUUAUUUUUUGUGAUCAUUUUUGCAUGCGUGCGUCGUUGUAAUUUGUUUUUCUUUCUUUGUUUUCUUCUUUCUAUGAUUCUUAGUAUCCAUCAAUCUCUCUUAGCUGAUUGCUUUCUUUCUUUCUUUCUAAAUUUAACUUUUACUUUUUCUUUCUUUAUUAAGAUUUCUCUUUCUUUCUUCUUUCUUUCUUAUCAGUCAUUUCGUCUUUCUUUCUUUCUUUCUUUCUUUCUUUCUUUCUUUCUUUCUUUCUUUCUUAAGAUUUCUGUUUCGAUCUUUCACUGUACUUGCUUUGUAUCUCUUCUUUCUCUCCGGCCUUCUCUUUCUUUUGUAAUCUUUCCAUCUCUCCGUGUCUCUCUCUGCUUGUCUUUCUCAAACUUUCUCCUUGGUCCUAAGUUUACAAUCUAUCUAUCUAUCUAUCUAUCUAUCUAUCUAUCUAUCUAUCUAUCUAUCUAUCUAUCUAUCUAUCUAUCAUUGAAUAACUUAUUAGAGGGGCCAUGGAUUAUUCAGUUGAAAGGGUGGUUAUUAUGUUACUCGAUUCAUUAUCUAUCUAUCUAUCUAUCUAUCUAUCUAUCUAUCUAUCUAUCUAUCUAA